AUGGGUCCUCCCACGCGGACGGCCCUGUUGCUGGCCGCUUUUGCAGCCCUAUUUUGCGUCGCCCAUUCGCACGCAUGGUAUCGGGGCGCCACCGCCCACGGCCUUGGCGAGGGCGCUCGCGCCGCUCCUGCUGACGCAGCCCCCGGCCCCGCCGCCAUCGCCCAUCAACACCACGACGCCGCCAAGCACGGCGGCGGCAAGGGCCGCGGCGGCGAUGACCCGCGGCCGGCCCCGCGCAAGUGCUUUGAGGAGGACUGCAGGUCCAGCCCCUUCAUCAUGCACGCCUCCUCCACCAAGAACACGUCCGACGGCGUCGCCAGCUGCUUCCAGUUCGUGGCCAUCGGCUGCUACGCGUCCCCCAAGGGCUGCUGCCCGGAGGUCGCGCGCCGCUUCAAGGCGCUCGAGUUCGCGAUCAGUGAGCAACCUGAGUACUACUCACCUGCCUCAGCCCUCGACAGGGGCGCUGCCUCAAGGGGUGGCUCGGGAGGCGCACGGGUGCUUCCAGGGCAGUGGCGAGCAACCGCUGCUGCUGCUGCUGCUGCUGCUGCUGCUGCCGCCUCCUAG